GCUAUCAGUAGACUCCUUGCCUAGUUGCCGGGGCAGUGGUCGGUGGCGCGCUCAUCCCUUGGAUGCUCAGUACUUACGGAAGAUGGCGGUCCUGAACCUCGUCACUCUAGACUGGCUGUUCACGGCGGCUCUGUUCGUUGUCACCGUCAUCCUGGUGAAGAUCCACGCCAGUGUACGCAGAAAGAAGGAGAUUAUGGGAGACAUGCCGUGUUAUCCGGGUUACCUGCCAUUGUUGGGACAUGCGCACUUGGCUACUCAGUUCACGUAUACAGGUUUCAUCGACGAGAUACGGCGGACACGCAAGGAUAACAAAGGGACUCUUCACAUCUGGGUAGGACCCAAGCUGUGCGCCUUUGUUGCUAACCAUGUAAAUUAUGCACAGGUUUCAUCGACGAGAUACGGCGGACACGCAAGGAUAACAAAGGGACUCUUCACAUCUGGGUAG